AUGGACUCUUCAAUCUCCCCCAAGCCCGUGCAGCCAAGAGCCACUGAAGACUACCAGGAUCGCGAUGACCUUGCUUACGCCCUAUCCAAGGUUCCCAUGCUCACUCCUCGCAAGCUCAAAGUAAUUGCUGUCGGAGCGGGCUUUGGAGGUGUUGAUCUUGCUCCUGCGGUCCGCGUUGGUAAGCUCCCUGGCGUGGAUCUCACCAUUUAUGAGAAGAACGCCGAUAUAGGCGAAACCUGGCAUGAAAGUAGAUAUCCUGGGUGUGCUUGUGAUGUUCCAGCUCACAGCUACCAGUAUACCUGGGCACCCAAUCCCCACUGGUCGCAUUUCUACGCACCCGCACCAGAGAUCAAGCAUUACUUUGACGACUGUGCUGACCAGCACGACUUACGCUCAUACUUCAAGCUAUCACACAAAACCGAUGGGAGGGAUGUCGCCAUCUCUAGCCCUGGCGUCACAGAUGGUGAGACCAACGAUGCGUUUAUUGAUGAAUGUGACGUUUUUGUAAACGCCACCGGCUUCUUCAACAACUGGAAAUGGCCUCGCAAUGUCCCCGGACGCGAGACAUUCCGUGGUACCGUGUUUCACACUGCUAACUGGCCAUCUGACUGGGAAAAGGAUAUCGAAGGCAAGACCGUUGCUCUGAUCGGUAACGGUAGCAGCGGAAUUUAG